UGUGUCAGAGCUCUUACUGUGAAACUCACCUGGAGCCUCAUUUGAGAGUGGCAGGUUUGAAGAAACACAAACUGAUGGAUCCUGUGAGUAAUCUGGAGGACUAUAUAUGUCAGAAACAUGAGAGACCUCUGGAUCUGUUCUGUAGAGAUGAUCAGACAUGUGUGUGUUCAAUCUGCACUGUGACAGACCACAAGAACCACAACACUGUUCCUAUAGAAGAGGAGAGGGAAGAGAAGAAGACUGAACUGAUGAAGACACAGAAAGAUGUGCAGCUGAUGAUCCAGAACACAAUCAAGAAGAUUCAAGACGUCAAACACUCAGCAGAAGUCAGAAAAAGAAACACAGAGAAGGAGAAAGCAGCCCGUGUUGAGCUCUUCACUGAUCUCAUCCGCUCCAUUGAGAGACGUCAGACUGAACUGCUGGAGAUGAUGGAGGAGCAGCAGAAAGCAGCAGAGAAACAGGAGCAAGAGCUGAUUGAAGAGCUGGAGCAGGAGAUCACUGAGCUAAAGAUGAGAAACACUGAGCUGGAGCAGCUCUCACACACUGAAGAUCACCUCCACCUCCUACAGAUUCACUCAUCCCUGUGCAGCCCUAGAAACAGCAGGAACUGGCCUGAGAUCAGUAUGAAGACUCAUGAGAGUCUGGAGACUCUGAGGAGAGCUCUGACUCAACUGAAGGACACUAUAGAUGAGAAACUCACACUAACUGAGCUGAAGGUGAUGCAGCAGUAUGCAGUGAAUGUGACUCUGGAUCCUGAUACAGCUCAUCCUGAUCUCAUUCUGUCUGAUGAUGGAAAACAAGUGAGAGAUGGAGACAUUAGACAGAAACUCCCAGACAAACCAGAGAGAUUUGAUACAUGUCCCUGUGUCUUGGGAAAGGAGGGAUUCUCGUCAGGGAGAUUUUAUUUUGAGGUGCAGGUGAAGGGAAAGACUGAAUGGGAUUUAGGAGUGGCCAGAGAAUCCAUUAACAGGAAGGGAGAGAUCACACUGAGUCCCAGUGAUGGAUACUGGACUGUGGCUCUGAUGAAUGGAGAUGAAUAUGAAGCCUGUGAGGAUCCUUCUGUCUCUCUGUCUCUGAGAGUGAAGCCGCAGCGGGUCGGUGUGUUUGUGGAUUAUGAGGAGGGUCUGGUCUGCUUUUAUGAUGUGGAGUCCAGCUCUCAUAUCUACUCUUUCACUGCUCAGUCUUUCACUGAA